CAAAAAAGGGAUAAGGUUCAAAUAGAAGAAGAAACGAACCAGGCGAGCAACAGAAGAAGAAGAGGAAGAGAGAGCCAGAGAGAGAAUGUCUGCGGCCAUUUCUCCAUGUUCGUUCCUCGGCAGUUCCUUUCUAAGCGUCUCUUAUCCACAGAAGCUUCGCAAUCGUCCUCAGUUCAAUUUUCCGGUACCUACUUCAAGUUCCGGCCGCCACUCUCUUCUUGUCGAAGCCAAGGCUACCACCAGACGAGAGGAUCGGGCGGCUCGCCAUUCUCGCAUCAGGAAGAAGGUUGAAGGAACACCAGAGAGGCCAAGGUUGUCUGUAUACCGCUCCAACAAGCAUCUCUACGUCCAGGUUAUUGAUGACUCCAAGAUGCAUACGCUUGCUGCAGCUUCAACAAUGCAGAAGUCAAUCUCUGAGGGAUUAGACUACAGUUCUGGCCCUACCAUUGAAGUAGCAAAGAAGGUGGGAGAAGUGAUUGCAAAAUCUUGUUUGGAGAAAGGAAUAACAAAAGUUGCUUUUGACCGUGGUGGGUAUCCAUAUCAUGGGCGUGUGGAAGCACUUGCUGAUGCAGCUCGUGAACAUGGCCUUCAGUUCUAGCCAAAAAAAAAGUAACCCCCUUUUGUUUUUUCUAUUCUCUGUUGUAUGCUCUGCUACAACAUUGCAUAUCAGAUGGGCAUAAUCAUAUUAUUUUCUGUUGAUUAGAUGGGAGCUGUGGUUGUUUAACUUCAAGUUUAAGAGGGAAAUUAUUUAUGGGAAAUCAGUGGUCAUAUGGGACAUUAAAGAUAGCAAAUGUAUGUCCAACCAAGAGGAGUUUAUAGUAAUUGUCAUAUAUCUCCAACCUCAGUUGGAUCCUCUACUCCUA